AUGUCUUCUGUACGGUCCCUACGACAAGGCGCUCGCCUCCUUGGAGCGAGAUCAAUUGCUCAGCGCGCCUCUGUUGGCGUCAAUGGAGCUUUGACUGGCCCGCAGCUUGCUUCUCCGCACACCCGUGCUCUCCGCUCCCCGGCUUUUGGACGCUCGAUUGCCAGGACUUUGCCUGUCGCCAAUGGCGCAAGAUAUGCCUCUUCAGCAGCGCCUCGAGGAACUCUGAAUCAAACAGCGCUCUAUGACUUGCACCUCGCCAAGGGCGCCAAAAUGGUGCCUUUUGCGGGGUAUUCCAUGCCGCUGCAGUACUCCGAUCUCAGCCAUGUCGAGAGCCACAAGUGGACGAGGGAGAAGGCGAGUUUGUUCGACGUGAGCCAUAUGGUUCAACAUCGACUUAGCGGACCCGGCGCUCUGGACCUACUCAUGAAGGUCACACCCUCCUCGCUCGAUAAGCUCCAGAACAACUCAUCCACACUAUCUUGCCUCCUCGAGCCCGGCACUGGUGGUAUUGUCGAUGACACCGUUAUCACCCGCCUGUCAAAGGACACCUUCUACUUCGUCACUAACGCCGGCCGCCGCGACGAGGACCUCGCCUUCCUGACAGCCGAAAUCGACGCUUUCAGAGCCGCCCACGGCGCUGAGAAGGAGAUAACCUGGGAAAUUUUCUCCGACCACUCCCUCAUUGCCCUCCAGGGCCCCGAAGCCGCGGCUGCCCUCCAACCCCUCGUCCAAGAGAGCGGCGCGGACUCCGACCUCAGCACCCUCUACUUCGGCAACUGCCGCUCCCUCCACCUCACCCUGCCCGGAGGGACCCCAACACAAGAGCCCCUCCUGAUCUCCCGAACCGGCUACACAGGCGAAGACGGCUUCGAGAUCUCCAUCCCGCCCUCCGUCUCCCCCUCAGCCGUAACAGAGCUUCUCCUCCAAAACCCCUCCGUUCGCCUCGCCGGUCUCGCAGCCCGCGACUCCCUCCGCCUCGAAGCCGGAAUGUGCCUCUACGGCCACGACAUCUCAACCACCCAGACUCCCCCAUCCGCAGCGCUCGGUUGGAUCGUCGGCAAAGAUCGCCGCGACCCCUCCGCGUCUUCGGACCGAUCACAGUUCAACGGCGCCGCCGCGAUCCUCCCGCAGCUGGCGUCUCCAUCCAAGAACCUCUCCCAGCGCCGUGUGGGUUUCACAAUCGAGAAGGGCUCGCCUGCGCGUGAGGGCGCUGUUAUCGUCGACCUGAACGACGAGUCCAAGACCCAGAUCGGUGUCAUUACAUCUGGCCUACCUAGUCCGUCGCUGGAUGGGACGAAUAUUGCCAUGGGCUAUAUCAAGCAAGGCUUGCACAAGAAGGGCACGGAGGUCGGUGUGCUUGUUCGGAAUAAGCUGAGGAAGGCCACGGUUGUGGGGAUGCCGUGGGUCGAGAGCAAGUUUUACCGCAAGCCAUCUGCAUAG